CACUUCAGUAAUACAGACACAAGAACAACUUGCUCUCUCUGCGCAGCAGACGAGAGAGUGAGCCUCGGCGAGGAAGUGUACUUGAGAAGAAGACACCAAGACAAAAGAGACAAUUCAAAACAAUCCUGUGGACAUUUUUCACAUAGGAUAUUAUCUGACAGCUGCUCUAAGCGAAACAAACACAUCGAGAGAUUUCGAGUCAUCGAUUUGCCUGCUGUUGGAAUUGUGCUUUACUAUUUCCACUUUUUUUAUUCUCUGGAUAUUUCGAAAUUUACCCUUCGUUUUGUUGUCUAUCGCUAAGAUGAUGCGUUAACGCGAUUUUGCCGCAGCGGAUAUGUCUGACACGUCCAGAGAGCAAACGCUGGCUAACGGCCCGGCCUCGCGGGGAGGCGGAGAGAGAGCCGGUGGCGGAGCUGUCUUGCGCACCGAACACUUUGACUUCCCUCAGCCGAGCGAUGGGGACCCGUUAAGGGGAGGGAAUGCCAUGUCGAAUAGUCACCAGUUGAGGUCACCGAUGUCCCGAUCCUUCUCCAGGUCAUCUAGUGGCUAUUUUUCCGUCGACAGCGAUUCUGUGCCAAGUUCCCCGCUAAUGCCCAAUAUUUCCGAAGCGCAAGACGACCAAAAUGAUGAGGUAUGGUUUGACGAACCUAGCCACCAGCACGUGCAGAUGGCAGCACCUGUGGAAGCCAUGGGGCCGGAGAUGGCGGUCGCUCGGGAGCUGCGGCGCAUUGGAGACGAGUUCAACCGUCUCUACUGUCUCGGGGCCGGUGCAGGCGGGAACGAUGCUCCCAACGAACACGCCAUCAUCAUGUGGAUGAAUGACCUUAUUGGACGUGUAGUACAGUUUUUCCUGCGAAGGAGAUGAUUGACACAUUGAACACCCAGCAGACGCGUAGCCGACAUGUAGCAUCACACAUCACCCCCCCCCCCACAUGACUGUAAAUAUGUACAUAUUGAGGAAUAACAGCAGUGCUGCUCUUCCGCAACCUCUCCGGGUUACGGCGUACAGUUUUGGACCUGGCGGGAUAUGUGCAGACUUGGACGGAUACAUACAUCUGGAACCCUCGGCCAUCCAUUGACUGACUCACAGCAGAAUUUCCUGCGUUCACAUGGAAAGCUGAGCCAUUACAUGCUGUGUUGACAUGAAGGUUUUUGUUGAAGCCCAUGUGGAGUGUGGAAAACGUGCCUUCUUUGCCUGUUUGCCCUUGACACAUCUCUCUUUUUUGUCUUUACCCUGUCUUUUUCUUUAUUGCUUUUAUAUUUAUUUCCACUGUAUUUAAUUUGUACAUUUUGUCAAGCGAUGAUGUUAGUGUUUCUGCCUGUCCCUCAUGUGUUCAUUGGCUCCAAGUUUGCACUUGUGAUUGGUUUGAAUAGUCUAUACAAAUACAAACCCCAAAACAGAAAAUGAAGUUAGAUUUUAAUAAAAUUGCAAUUGAAGACAUGACCGAAACAAUCAACAAUAUAUAGAAAUUUGACAUAUAACGUUUGAAUGAUGAAUUACCUUUACUCCGUCUUUUUCUUGGAUUUUACAUCGGAAGCGCAUUCUCACUUUGAAGCCAGAUACUUAAAGACUUUUUCACAUGACUCACGUUAAUCCCAAUACAUCGGGAAACUUUGAAGCACUGAGCUAUACCUUUGUUAUAAAAAGGAGGGACCUGAAUAUUAAUUAGGUUAUAUGAUGUUCACGCAGUAGUCUGAUAUACUGAAAUUCGUAUUAGUUAAAGUAUGGCUGCCACUUUCCAUUUUAGUGUGAGGCUGAUGCAACCAUUUGGAAGAAACUUCUGCUACAGAUUUGCACUGGAGCCAAGGAAAAUUGACAAAAAUAAUAAUUACUUCCCAAAAGAUCCCAUCCUUAAGGUGACUCUUUAAAUUUUGUGGCAAAAAUCCAGUCAUUUCUAUAGGAAUCCACACAACUGAGAGUUUUGCAUCAGGGCGAAAAAGGUAGAAAGCGAAAUUCGCUGCUUCGACCAAACCAAAGUUGUUUGAUUUGAAAGUGACUUCUGUGUGAGCAACAAAAGGCAAUAGACCUUUUUUGGCCCGUGAACUUUAGGUGUUAUUUCACAUAGUUAUAACCGUUGAUAUUGCUUUAACAUAAUUUCAAAUAAUAUUAACUUGAACUUGCCACUGAACUUUAAAAUCACGUUACAUACUUAUGAACCUACAUUUGUCCAACCAUUUUUUUUUUUUACUUUUUACCCCGUUCUUACCCAGAAAGCCAAGAAAAUAGCUUUGCCGUUUUGCCAUCUGCAACACUUUUCCUGCAAAGAUCACAGUGCCGCUUUAUGCUUAAAGUGUUUAAAGAUGAGAGUCAUGUGAAGAGGUCUUCUGAACCACUCUUAAAUCUCAUAUUUUAAGCAUUGUUUUGUGUUAUCAAAUUCCUGUCACUAAUAAUUCAAAUCGGACAUGCAAAAAUAUUAAGUAUGUGUAACUACUAUGGAUGUAUUUGUUUUUUUGACAUAAAUAUUCCACAUUUGGUAUUUCGGUUUUGGUUUUAUUAGAGAGCAUAAGUGAUAUUUUGGGCUUGUAACUGAUGAUUCCAUUAAUGCUCAAACAGCAUGUGUUUAUUACUAGUUUUGUGAAUAUAGUUUAGGUCAAGGGGUUUUAUAUGGAAUAGCUUUCCUCCGAAGUGAUCAUUCACAUGGAAGAAACUGCGUUUAAGUGCCUUGCUCAAGUGCACAAUGGUGAUAGAUCAGGAUUUUAUUCACAGAAACAUUGUUUAUGGUAACACCAAAUUUGGGACUGAAAUUUGCAGCCGUUCUAAUUCUUUGCCCAUAUCCACUAGUAGUGUACACAUUACAACCAUUGUUUAACUCCAGCCUUACCCCGAGUCUAAUAAACUGGCCUGAAUAAAUGACCUUUAACAGUCUCAGGGACUAAGGAAAAUACCCCUGUGUAGAUUUCUUGAACAAACCAGUUUUCCUUCUUUACUUCAGCUUAUAGAUUCUCCUCCCGGCUUUGCCUUUUAUUACCGUUCUCCCAGUAUUCCAGUAAUCAAUGCACAAGGUUCGGGAUGAGUCAUCAAGUAUGUUGGUAUAACAAUGAUGUGUUUUUUUAAGUCACAGAGAUUUAAAUAUGAACUGAUGUAUUGACUACCUACCAUGAAAGGUGUUGCUGAAAGUUUAGGAAGUCGGUUAGACAAUUCCACUUGUGGAAGAUGCAUGGCCCUGUGUUAUCAUAUGCAUUUGUUUGUAUAUCGGUUUGUUACUCUUUGCCAAAAUGACAAUGUUUAGCUUGUCUACCGUUCCAGGUUUACCAUUCAAACCAAAGACCUCGUUUUUCAAUGCAUACUACAUUGUGUCAUGUUGCAUGUGUUCAUUCUUUGCCUUUGCUGAAAGAUUUAAGCAGCAUUCCCAUUUUUCAGCCCUUUGAUUCCAGAACAAACUGUUUUUGUUUUUCUCACGAAUUUCAGGCAAACCUGUGUGUUUCUCACUGGACCUCUGACUGAGUCUUUUCAGUCCUGUUGCACUGAACACCCGCAUCACCCGAUCUGACGCCACCCAGGACCCAGUACAUUUGUAGCACAAUGAUCAUUUGUUUCUGUUUGUUUGUUUGUUAAAUGCAUCUUUUUGUAUUUUGCACUGAACUAUUUCUGUGCUAAUUUGUGCAAUACUGCUGUAAAUAAAAGCCGCUUUUUUCAACUUUCUAAA